UGACGAUCUAUACCACGAGCACGCGACAUCCAACGAGCGACGCCCUGCGAUCGAUCCUCCUUGCACACUUCCCGAGCUUGCACCCCAAUAAAUACCGACAUCCGAACCACGCAUAUCCCUUUAUAUCUCCAUUCAAGUCACUAUACAGUGCCAAGUGGUAUCGGGUCAUUCAUCAUGACUCCGCCUCUGGGCCCUCACCAAACCAUGACUACCGAUCGGCGUCCGCGGUCAAACCAAACGGUAUCGGUCACUUUCGACGAGGACGGCUCGGCCCUCGGCAUGGACUCAUCCCGACUGAGUUUCGAGGUGUCCGAGUGCGUCGAGACCAAGACCGUCACCACAACCACUACCACGAAACGAACAUUUCCCCCGCUACACGUCCGCGAGUCCCGGCCUCUCAGUCAUCUCGAUGGCAAGGAAUAUCCCCUAGCCAAUAAGCCUCUGCCCCCGGAGCUUGUCAGCUUCUCCUAUAGUAUUCCCAGUUUCGUUUCCGAUGAGAUCUGCGACGGGCUUGUCACCUCCAGCAAGAGAAUUGAAAAAGCUCCUGCCACACGAAUCUCAGCUGGUCUCCUCAAAGAUGAGGAGUCAUCCCAAGAGUCCAUUCGACACGGGCCCGGUUCCCCUUCAGAUGCGUAUCCUCGCAAGCCACGAUCUGUCGCUGCCCCCCCGGCACAAUCUGCGGCCGGAUUUUGGAGGCCGUCCCGCCCCGCCAAGAUUGCCAGUAGGACACAGGCACACCCCGAUUCAAUUACCCACCGUCUACGCCGCCACUUGGCCAUGACAACACAACGCGAGAUGGAACGUAGCGGUGGAACACCGGCAAAUUUCCUGGCCACGCCCGAGACUUCCGAGGUCAUUACCGGCACUGGCGGCGGCGGCGGCAGCGGCAGCGGCAGUGGUAGCGCCACCAGCACCGACCGUCUCACUCGGCCUCGCCCACUGCAUUUGGACCGGUUAAGCCGCACACCCGAGUCCGAACCACCCGCCGCACCCAUGCAGCUCGAACCCAGCAGUCCCGUGGACAGCGAGACGCAGACGGUUUUUAGUAGCAAUGUGGCCACCCCUCCCAUCACCGAUGCCGAUGCAGAGCCUUUCCAAGACGCCGACGAGUCUCUGCAACAAUCCAUACGGGCCUUGGGGCGACGUCCAUCGCUGGACGGCGUCGCCUCGCAGGAUGCGAGCCUUCCGAGCCCCCGAUUGUCUCCGACGUUGGCUGCAGCCCAACUCCACCCUAAUGAUCCUGAAGAUGUCGAAGAAGAUGACGUGCCGUUUGGUUCCAGCCAUGGCUCUGGCGACGGGCCCGUUGGUUUCCGCGAGUCGCAAACCGGAGACGAGCUCGAGUCGAACUCGACGCUGAGCAUGAACACGAGCAUGGUCAUGGGUGGCGACAGCUCACAUACCUCGGCGGAAAAAUUAGACCCACACGCUACCAUGCUCGACGUCCGUUCGAUGAUCGAAACCUUUGAUGCCAUGCCCAACGAGAUGAAGAGCUUUCUCAUGUACAACUUCCUUCGUCGAUGCCCUCGAAAGACGCUCCGGCUUGUGGCCGACACGGUGACGCCGGCACUCAAGUGCGACUUUUUGAGGCAGCUGCCUUUGGAGCUCAGCUUCAACGUGCUCUCGCAUCUCGACCACCGCGACCUGUGCCGAGCGGCGCAGGUCUCGAAGCACUGGCGAAACAUCAUCGACACCAACGAGACUGGGUGGAAGGAACUCCUUGACCGCGACGGCUAUAUCCUCCCGCCCGGGGAGCUGGCCAAGGCCGUCGCGCAGGGAUGGGGUUGGCAAGACCCUGUGGGCGCCAUGGGCGCCGAGGUGGAUCUCAGCAAGAUCAAGCGGCUCCAUUCUGGCGAAGGCGACGAGACGACCAGCAGUACCAGCACCAGCACCAGCACCAGCACCAGUAUCGGCAGCAGUACUAGCUCUAUGAUUACGAUGGGAAAACCCGACCCCACGGCCAGGCUGCGAAGCGCCAAGCGGAAGAGGGGUCUCAACCACCUGAGUGGUGCGGACCGGUCGAAGCGCAGGGCCGGGGCACAGGAAGCGUCUAGGAGCGAUUCAGGGCGGUCGGAGGCGAGGCAACACAAGUCGGAAGGGCCCCUGUCGGCCGCUAACGCCGCCGCGGCUGCGGUGCCCAAUCCGGAGAUGGGACUGCCCAGCCUCCAGAAGCUCCAUCUUUUCAAGUCGCUGUACCGGCGGCAUCACAUGAUCCGGAAGAGCUGGACGAGCGGGAAGGUCAAGCCCGGGCACGUGGCGUUUGCGGCGCACCCGCGGCACGUCAUCACGUCGCUGCAGUUCGACGAGGACAAGAUCAUUACGGGCAGCGACGACACGCUGAUCCACGUCUACGACACGAAGACGGGCAAGCUCCGCAAGAAGCUCGAGGGCCACGAGGGCGGGGUCUGGGCGCUGCAGUACGUGGGCAACGUGCUGGUGUCCGGGUCGACGGAUCGGUCGGUGCGGGUCUGGGACAUCGAGAAGGGCCUCUGCACGCAGGUGUUUUACGGGCACACUAGCACGGUGCGCUGCCUGCAGAUCCUCAUGCCGACGGAGGUGGGCAAGACGUACGAGGGGAAACCGAUCAUGAUGCCGCCCAAGCCGCUGAUCAUCACGGGAUCGCGCGACAGCCAGCUCCGGGUGUGGCGGUUGCCGGAACCGGGAUCGCGGCGGUACAUCCAGACGGGCCCGCCGGCCAACGAGGCGGACUGCCCUUACUUCAUCCGCACGCUGACGGGCCACACGCAGUCGGUGCGGGCGAUCGCGGCGCACGGGGACACGCUGGUCAGCGGCAGCUACGACAGCACGGUCCGGGUGUGGCGGAUCAGCACGGGCGAGUCGCUCCACGUGCUCCGCGGGCACUCGCAGAAGGUAUACAGUGUCGUGCUGGACCACGAGCGCAACCGGUGUAUCUCCGGGUCGAUGGACUCGCUGGUCAAGAUCUGGGACCUCGAGACGGGGGCGUGCCUGCACACGCUGGAGGGCCACAGCCUGCUGGUGGGGCUGCUGGACCUGCGGGACCAGAAGCUGGUGUCGGCGGCGGCGGACAGCACGCUGCGGAUCUGGGACCCGGAGAACGGCAAGUGCCGGAACACGCUGACGGCGCACACGGGGGCCAUCACGUGCUUCCAGCACGACGGGCAGAAGGUGAUCUCGGGCAGCGAGAAGACGGUCAAGAUGUGGGAUAUUAAGACGGGCGAGUGCAUGCAGGACCUGUUGACGGACCUUAAUGGGGUGUGGCAGGUCAAGUUUGACGAGAGGCGAUGCGUCGCGGCGGUCCAACGGGGCAGUCUAACUUAUGUGGAGGUAAGCCUCAAGCUGUCGCGGUAUCUUUCGGAGGUCUGUUGGCGUUGGGUGAUGGCUGCUAACUUUCUUUUCUCUUUCCUUUUCACAGAUUCUCGACUUUGGUGCAGUACGCGACGGCAAGCCGCCCGAGGAGUUGGGCGAGCGGAAACUUUUAAACGAGAGCGAGGUCAACGCACUUUUGGCUGAGGAUACCUGAAGGCGAACUUUUUGACACGAGACGGGAUGGUCGACUCGCGACGACGAAGCACCGUCCGAACACAAGGAACACAAGAACAACAACUAUGAAAACCACGAAGCCCAUCGAGCAAGGG